CUACGCUACAAAUUCGAGCACCACACCAAUAUGUAUGCGUUUACUGCGUCCAGAAGGGCGUACGCAUUUACAUCAAAAAUAGCAGGUCUGCUGCGCUAACUACUGCAUUUUUUAUAAUGGACAACUACUGGCCCUAACCUACUUCAUUUUUUAAUUUGUCAUUUUUUGUUAUCUUGAGUGGAAAUGAUUAUCAGUAAUUCAUCAAUUCCACGGCAGAGAAGAACGGGAAGGAGGAUAUCAGCGCAAUGGCGCGAAUCUACAAACAUCACAGGUAUGAACAUCAUCCAAGAUGUUGAACGGAUGCAACUCUUUGUAUACACUCAACGGCGAUGUAACACACGCGCGCACUGGAUGACUGCAUCGCCGUUCUUUAUGCCGCGAGUGCGAUGUGGAAAGCGACACUUCUCUGACGUUUCUCAGCUACCACACGGCAGCUGGAGAGCCUAUAAAAUGCGUUGAAGAUUUUAUGGUGGGGCCUUCAUCGGUGUGAGGCUGCCACAAAAGUUGGAAGAAUGACCUGGAGGAAUUUAUCGCCGCUUUUGGGAAUAGCUCUAGCCGGCACCACUGUGAGGUGUGUGAUGCAUGGGACCAGUAUCAACAGAUAGUUAACCACAUGGAAUACAGGUUUCGAACAAAAUCCGCAGAAAGCAAAUCUACCAAUCCUGAAAACAUGGCAAACGAGAUGAGCAGACGUCUAAAAGACAGAUCCCCCACAUGUUACACAAACUAGGUCACUGGUUAGCGGUCGAAACGCAAAGCGUUGAAUUAAUAACCCCAGAUCACAACGAGCGCAACAAGCAGGAAAUCCAACUCCCAACUUCCACGUCCCAUUCGCCAGUCCACAGAGCUCGGAAGAUUCACCAGCCAGGAGGUUCGCGAAGAUGGUCACAGACAGUGGAAUGAAAUGAGCGAGAAAGCAAUGAAAAUGUCAGGGUCCAUCAGGGUUCCAGAAUCCAGACCCACGGUUCCCAACUUCACCAGACACAAAGGAAGCCCACACGGAACGCCAAAGCACUGCACUAGCUAGGUCACUGGUUAAUGGUCGAAACGCAGAGCGUUGAAUUGCUAACCCCAGAUCACAUCGAGCACAGCGCCCAGAAAUCCCCUGCAGUCCGCCCCUGUGGUCAGCUAAGUUCUCCCCGCGGCCCAAACUCCAGGCCCCGCAGGCCUCCAUACAACAGACAGGGAAACAGUGCGACAUCAGAUCAACAGUCAUGAGUAAAAUCAGGGAAGGAGAAAGUAUCAAGGAAUGGAGAAAUGUGCUGGAAGCCGGAAGGCACGAGUAACGAUGGGCUCGUGCCUCUUGGCGAACAGUUCCGCGAGAUGGAAAAGCAGCGGCUGAUGUCAUUGGAUGCUUUUUCUCAAGCGGACAGCGGGCUAUCUCGCGUUGAUCAAACCGAUAACACCUACCCAUACUAUGUGUCACUUCCGGUCGUCUCUGCGCUUUAAAAUGGCGGAAGACAGUUCUCCGUCAUUUCUUGCAUCUCUGCAUGAUUUAUGCAGCUGUCCACGGAAUCACAGAUGUAAAUGUACCUGGCGUGGACCAGGAUGAUGACAGCGCGGAGGACACUGCCGUUGCUCCUUUAUCCGCUGUGCCCGUAGUUUCCCGUCAUUUGGGCAGCAGUUACGAUCUGAUGCGCGCCAAUCCGUUCUCUUCGUCCAUUGAUCCCGGAUUGAUUAAUGACAUGCGCCUUCUGCCGACGACAUACCGUCGCGGCAACCGGUGUCCCACGUUCUUGGCGGAAUGCAAUCGCAGCGGUAACGGGCGUCCAUUGAAGCAGACGUCGACCAAGAUUUUCAUCAAUGCUUUCUCCGAUUACCAACGCGCCAUGAAGAAAUCCGUAGAAAUAAUUGGAAAAUUUAAGGGUGAUCUAAUUAACGGAAUGGGGCUGUUGGCUUCCGAGCUUGAUCCCCUCCGCGAAGACUUAGCGGAAGGAACCUUCUACGUCGACCUGUUAAAUAUGUCCAUCCAUGAACACGCACAACUCAAGUACGGUUCAUUCAAAAUCUUGACUGAUGAAGUCGCCGCUGCCGUGUGCGAUCUAUCGCCAACUUACGAUGCCGAUGCAUACAUUGCGUUCCUGCAGCGCUUCGGCACCCAUGCGGUUGUGGACGUCCAGCUGGUGACCUUUUCCCGCCGACGCAUCCCCAUCCAUCUGCAAGAUAUCUUCCAGUAUUACGUCCAGAACGGUGUGACCUUUAGCGGUCAGUACCAGGCGUUGGCCGAAAAAUUGAAACUGGACAGUGUUACGCCGAAAAUGCUGGACAGUAUAGCGAAAGAGAUCCUGAAAGACCCGGCAAGUGCAGCUCGCGUGAUCAGUGAGACGGUUGAGAAUGUUCCGUGGGUGACGAAACUGGUGGAUAUUUCGUCGCUGUUAAGUACCGAUCGGAUCAACGGCUCGUCAGCGGACAAUUGCAGGGCUGUCGUGGACGGAUUAGACAAACGCUCGGUAAAAAAAUGGCUGUCUACCAUCCAGGCCAACCUGCGGCGCGCCCUGCAGGACUACCGCAAGCAGAGCCAAGCCGAACGCCCUAACCAGCCGCCGCAGACCAUCCCGUGGCCGCCCGGCAUCCGCAACCGGAUCCGCGCCAUUCAGAGCCGCGCCCUGGCCCAUCCGGGCGAAGCCUGUCUGGGUGACAUGACCUACUCCCUAUUGGGACGGGGUUACGACUUGCUACGAGCGGAUCCUCUGGGCGGGGACAUUGACUUGGCCGUGCAUCGUGGCCCCUCGCUAUUGGAUUUCCGUCCGUGUGCUGUUGAGCGCUCUUGCCAAGAGCCCAUUAGUUGCGCAACAGUGCGGUCGACCAAUCGCGACAAGAUGCAAGUAACCUGGCAGAAUAAGAAUGACUAUCAGGAGGAAUUACUGGAACGUUACGUUGUGGUCAAGACACCGUUACAUCCAACGGUUGCCAAAAACACCGGCAUCUUGAGCCCGACACUCCGUGAAAUCAGUAAAUUCUUGGCAGCCGACGCCACGGUAACGGAUCAUCUCUCUUAUACCACUUUCCAACAAGCCAAACUCGUUUACAGCAACGAUGAUCUCAUCUUAGAACCUCGUUUCCUCGCCGCUGUGUGCGCUCUACCCGAUCACUAUGACCGCAACGAAUACGUCGCGUUCCUGAAAGAGUUCGGGACGCACAUCAUCACCCGUGUGCGCUACGGGAACUUUUCAUCCAAACGGAUUGUCCGGUACCGCAGCGGUGGGCGGAAUUCGAAAUUACUACGCGUGGCCGAAGGGUCGAUGCGGCCGGUGGCGCUGACCAUAGCGAAUAUCACUUCAUUCUUGACACCGUAUGUAGUCAGGCAGUCGCCGGUCGGGUCCGAAUGCCGGAGCAUAACGUACAAUGUGACGGCGUUGCAGCGUCGUCGAAAGUUUCUGGAUGAUGCCAUGAUUGAUUAUGCUAAGAAGCCGCGAUUCUUUAUCAAACAGAAACCAACAACAACGUCUACGACUACGACGACCGCUGCGCCGCUCACUACAACGACAACAGCGAUGACUACACCUGUUACAGUUCUGGCUACGACGAAAACGACAACCAUGGCCAAAUCGACGAUAUUGUUUUCAACAACGACAACAGCGUCACCAACUACGACAACGGUGCCGCCAACAACGACAACAAUCCACCCGAUUGUCUUCCAACCGCGUGGCAUCGCACGGGGCGUUGUCCGGGACGCCGACACCUCCCAUCGACUGGGCGACGUAUCAGUCAUCGCGCAGUUAACCGGAGAAAGCUUCCGCUCCACAGAGACCAGUGAUGCCGCCGGGGAAUUCGCUUUGUCGCUGCCCAGCGCCACCUACAUCUUCCAUUUUGAAUUGUCGGGAUACUACACCGCGGUUAUGCACAAUAAAACGGUUACGGCGCACCAGGAACUAAUUCUCGAACCCAUACUCUAUAUCAACAGACGUUUUAUCGGGCUGGGCGUGGCCAGCGGGCUGAUCAGCAACGCUUUCACUGGAAUGCCGGAAUCGGACGUUGAUUUGCAGUUUCGCGAAGGGAUUAAUGCGGUAUACGGGAAUGUGGUAGCUACAGCGAAAACCGUAAAUGGUAGUUGGUCGGUGAAUUUGCCGACGGGGCACUACACCGCCGCGGCCAACAAACCUAGCUUCACCCCCAUGACCUUUACCGUGGUGAUCCUUGGUGGGAUCGUGCGGGCCAAUCAGAACAGCGUCAUUUCCCCAGUCAUCGGCAGCGAAGAGACGCGUUUUGUGUUGAAAUGGGGUGAAACUCCGUUGGAUUUGGACCUGCACAUCCGUGGUCCGAAUGACGGCAUCAUGGAGCGCAUGCACGUCUAUUGGCCAAAAUGGCUGAUGGUCAGCCCGGAUGGGCAUACCAAUCUGGAUGUCGAUGACGUCAGCAGCUACGGUCCGGAGACGAUCACCGUGACGAAGCAGCUGAGCGGCGUGUAUCGGGUCAGCGUGCACGAUUACACGUAUCGUCAGCAGGUGAACAACGAUGGACUACCGAAUUCGGGCGCCACGUUGGAGAUGUAUCGGGGCGCGCGGCAGGUUGGGCAGUACUUUGUGCCGUCCAACCACAAUGGGACGGUGUGGAGUGUGCUGGAGAUGGACGGACAAGAGGUCACCGUUCUCAAUGACGUGUCGACGGUGGAGUCGCCGGUAGAUGUAUAUUGACAUGUGAUCUGUAUCUAAAGCGCGGGUUGUUGGAAUUUUUAUGUCAUUUUGCUUCAUUUACAAACCCAAGGCAAGAUUUAAUAUUUAUUUUUGCUUCAUUUUGUUUAGAGUUUUAAUUUUUUUGUGUAAUUUUGUCUCAUUUGUUUCCAUUUGUCAGAAAUGUCUGAUCUGUCCUAUACGCAAAAACUGCCAGACAGUGACUCCAAAUGAGUAAUAAUAACUCUUGCCCUCG